GUCCUGUCUUUUCGACCUCUCCCUCCGGCAUUUCUAAAACCCCGUCGCUCUCUCUCUCUCUCUCUCUACCUCUUCCCAUUCUUCGUCGAGAUGAGGGCUUCAAUGUUGAGGUUGAUCCGAUCGCGGUCGUCCUCCGCCGCCCCGCGGCCGCACCUCCUCCGCCGGGCAUACGGCUCGGAGUCGGUGCCGGAGCGGAAGGUGGCCGUGCUCGGCGCCGCCGGCGGGAUCGGCCAGCCCCUCGCUCUUCUCAUGAAGCUCAACCCUCUCGUCUCCCAGCUCGCCCUCUACGAUAUCGCCGGCACUCCCGGCGUCGCCGCCGACGUCGGCCACAUCAACACCAGAUCUGAGGUUGCUGGAUACGUGGGUGAGGAGCAGCUUGGGCAAGCUUUGGAGGGAUCGGAUGUUGUCAUCAUUCCGGCUGGUGUGCCAAGGAAGCCUGGGAUGACCCGCGAUGAUCUCUUCAACAUUAAUGCUGGCAUUGUCAAGUCCUUGUGUACUGCAAUUGCCAAGUACUGCCCGAAUGCAGUUGUGAACAUGAUUAGCAACCCUGUGAACUCAACAGUGCCAAUUGCUGCUGAGGUCUUUAAGAAGGCAGGGACCUAUAAUGAGAAGAAGCUUUUUGGAGUGACAACCCUUGAUGUUGUUAGGGCCAAAACUUUCUAUGCUGGGAAGGCUAAAGUCCCUGUUGAAGAGGUAAAUGUGCCUGUUGUUGGCGGUCAUGCGGGCAUUACAAUCCUCCCUCUGUUUUCUCAAGCCGUGCCCAAGGCCAAUUUGGCCGAUGAAGACAUCAAGGCGCUUACCAAGCGUACACAAGAUGGAGGGACGGAAGUCGUGGAAGCAAAGGCUGGAAAGGGAUCUGCAACAUUGUCCAUGGCGUAUGCUGGAGCAUUAUUUGCAGAUGCUUGCCUGAAGGGCCUAAAUGGUGUCCCCGAUGUGGUGGAAUGUUCCUUUGUGCAGUCUAGCAUCACUGAACUUCCUUUCUUUGCUUCAAAGGUGAAACUCGGAAAGAAUGGCGUGGAGGAAGUUUUGGAGUUGGGUCCCAUGUCUGACUUUGAGAAGCAAGGGCUGGAAAGCCUGAUUCCUGAGCUCAAAGCUUCUAUUGAGAAGGGGAUCAAGUUUGCCAAUCAGUAACAAUCGGGGAACAAAAGGGUGAUCUCCCCAUUUCGUUUGGAAGCAAGACAGAAAUUUUGCAUCAUUUGUCGGUGUUGUAUUCGUUUUUGUGGCCGAUGGCAUAGGCUGUACUUGAGGAGUAGGUUUCAUAUGAACAUCUUUAAUAAUUAUUGAUCUCACACAAGGAGGGGAAUCAACAUUGAGCUCUUUCAUUGAUUGAGGAACUUUGAAUUGCUGGCAUAGGCAUUAUCUUUGCAAUUUCAUUCA